CGAUAUUCAUCUGAAAAUCGUUACAAAACCCCAAAUCCGAAUCCAACACCAACCCAUUUCAGAUCUCAUCUCAAUCUCAAAUGGGUAUCUGUUGGUCUUUGAUAAAGCCUCGUCGAAGCCAUGAAAUUCCCAUUUCAUCCCCAUCACCUCCUCAUCAUCUUCCUAAUGACCGUUUCAUCCCUCCUCAAGAGAGAACAUACUAUCCAAUCCCCAGCAAAUUCGACCCACGCAAAACCAUAAAUAACCAUGAAGAAGGGUCCAUUUUAGGAAAGCAGUAUGUUGACUUGAAGCAAAUUUACUAUAUUGGGAAAGAAUUAGGGAGAGGUCAGUUUGGUGUCACGUAUCGUUGCACUGAAAAAGCCACGGGAUUGAAGCUUGCAUGCAAAUCGAUAUCGAAGAAGAAGCUUGUAACCAAGAAGGAUAUGGAUGAUGUAAGAAGGGAGAUCAUGAUGCUUCAACAUCUAACCGGACAGCCGAAUAUUGUGGAGUUUAGAGGCGCGUAUGAGGAUGAGUCGAGCGUGCAUUUGGUGAUGGAGUUGUGUAGCGGUGGCGAGCUUUUCGACAGGAUAACGAAAAAGGGGAGUUAUUCUGAGAAAGAAGCUGCAAAGAUUGGAAGGCAGAUUGUGAACGUGGUGCAUGUUUGCCAUUUCAUGGGAGUUAUGCAUAGAGAUUUGAAGCCUGAGAAUUUCUUGAUGGUUAGUCAAGAAGACGAGUCGCCUUUGAAGGCUACUGAUUUUGGGCUUUCUGUCUUCAUUGAAGAAGGGAAAAUAUACAAGGAAAUAGUUGGAAGCGCCUAUUACGUGGCACCGGAGGUGUUACGACGACGUUACGGGAAGGAGAUAGACGUGUGGAGUGCCGGUAUCAUUUUGUACAUUCUUCUAAGUGGUGUCCCUCCUUUCUGGGCAGAGACUGAAAAGGGCAUAUUUGAAGAAAUAUUAAAUGGUCAUCUAGACCUUCAAAGCCCUCCAUGGCCUUCUAUAUCUGCUGGUGCCAAAGAUCUAAUCUCAAGGAUGUUGGCCAAAAAUCCUAAGAACCGUAUCACUGCCGACAAAGCCCUCGAACACCCGUGGCUCAAAGAAGAUGGUGAAGCAUCUGAACAGCCUAUGGAUAGUGCUGUAUUGAUUCGAAUGAAGCAAUUUAGAGCAAUGAAUAAGUUGAAGAAGCUAGCAUUAAAGGUUAUUGCAGAGAGCUUAGAAUCAACAGAAGAGAUAAAAGGAUUGAAACAGAUGUUCAACAACAUGGACACAGAUGGAAGUGGUUCCAUAACAUAUGAAGAACUUAAGACUGGGCUAACAAAGCUUGGAUCAAGACUGGCUGAGUCAGAGAUACAACAACUCAUGGAAGCUGCUGAUGUUGAUAAGAAUGGAACAAUAGACUACAUAGAGUUUGUGACUGCUACCAUGCAUCGACACAAACUAGAUAGGGAAGAGAAUAUGUACAAAGCCUUCCAGUUCUUCGACAAGGAUGACAGUGGGUUUAUCACUAGAGACGAGCUCAAACAUUCUAUGACUCAAUACGGGAUGGGAGACGAAGCAACCAUUGAUGAAGUCCUUGACGAUGUAGAUACAGAUAAGGACGGAAAGAUCAACUACGAAGAGUUUGUGAUGAUGAUGAAAAAGGGAACAGUUGAAACAGCCAAAACACAAGGACUUGGUUUGUAGUGUUAACUGCUAAUAACAACUGAACUCCUAUGGCUUUUGGGGUUGUGUGAGUGUGAGUGUGAUGUGCUAAAUAAAU